CACAUGUCGUUAACGGCAGAGACGCAAUUACCAACUACCACAUGGAAAGUCAACGUAGCUGUUAGCCGUUUAUGUUCGACCUCACCGGCUGUCAAAAAGCUGGCUAGCGGGGGUUCAUCUCACGGCGGUUACACAGUGCGGGAAAUUAACGUUAACUCAACCGCCCUUUUGCUCAACGGAUUUUUACAACGGCUGUUUUUUGGCUGGUUUUUACCCACAGUCAUGUGAUUGUAACGUAAAACCCCUAACCGGAAAACACCGACGGACGACCCUCUCCGCCGCCAACGAAUGCUGCGUUUGCAAGGAACAGUACAAGCUGCUGUGAGCCCAGAGAGGACGGACGAGUCCCCGGUAACAAACAAACAACGGCGACACGGCAAAAACUCCACGGAUUUACGCGGAGUGCAGGUUGAAGAAUGGAGCUGGCCAACCAUGGUCUUAUCCUGCUGCAGCAGCUUAACGCUCAGAGGGAGUUUGGCUUCCUGUGCGACUGCACUGUGGCUAUAGGAGAUGUCUUCUUCAAAGCCCACAAAGCCGUCCUCGCUGCCUUCUCCAACUACUUCAGAAUGCUCUUCAUUCACCAGGACAGUGACUGUGUGCGCCUGAAGGCUGCUGACAUACAGCCAGAUAUCUUCAGCUACCUCCUCAACCUGAUGUACACAGGCAAGCUUGCACCCCAGCUGAUAGAUCCUGCACGGCUGGAGCAGGGGGUCAGAUUCCUGCAUGCCUAUCCACUCUUGCAGGAGGCCAGUCACUCAGUGUAUUCACACCCUGAGCACAGCAUCAACCUCUCCACCUCCCUCUAUGGCAUCCAGAUCUCUGACCAACAGGUGGCACUAUCAGCCAGACUGCCUGCUCGACGGCAGCUGUCCUCACCUUUUGACGUCGAGCAGCUCAUGUCAGAGGGGAAGUAUCCAUCCACGCCGGCUGCCACAGCUUCAUACAGCAAUUCCUUACCGUCCAAGCCGGCUUCCUCACCCCCAGACACAGAGGCCUCAACAAGUGGCUCUAAGCCUGCAGCCGAGGACGGGGGACCCGACUUGCUAAGUGCAGGUGGGUCCUCAGCCAGUGCCAUCCUCCAUGUGAAGCCCAGCAUCAUGAAGAGGAGUUCCUCCUUUAGGAAGCAUUACUCCUGUCAUCUGUGCAGUAGCCGAUUCAACCAGAGAUGUCUGCUGAGGGAGCACCUCCUGCAGCACACCCAGGCUCUUCAGCAGACCCCGACUGAGCCCAGUAAUGCCUUCUCACCUGUCAUUACUGGAGAACACAGCAUGCUAGAGCUGGAGGGGGUCCUUAAGGGAAGCAAGAUGGAGUCCAGUGCCUCGGCCGCCACUGCAGCAGUCGAGAUAAUCAGUGACAGCGAGCAAAUGCCUGUUUCAGGUACCAACUCGGACUCUCCCCGAGCAGAGGUAUCCACAUCCAGCUGGGGGGUGGGGGGGUUGAAUUCUCAGGCAGACACACCACCUCCCUCAGACAUUGCGGACAUCGACAACCUGGAGAGUGCCGACUUGGACCGGGAAGUGAAGCGACGGAAGUAUGAGUGCUCCACCUGUGGGCGCAAGUUCAUUCAGAAGAGCCACUGGCGCGAACACAUGUACAUCCACACGGGAAAGCCCUUCAAAUGCAGCGCUUGUGGCAAGAGCUUCUGCCGGGCCAACCAGGCGGCCCGCCACGUGUGCCUGAACCAGGGAGCCGACACCUACACCAUGGUGGACCGACAGAGCAUGGAGCUGUGCACUGCAGGCGACGACAGCAGCCAGAUGGAGGCCAUGUUCUUGGGCUCGUCGAAGCCUUACAAGUGUAACAUUUGUGCGACCACCUUCUCCAGUCCCAACGAAGUGAUCAAACACCUGUGCUUCACCCAAGGGGGGUUAGUGGGACUGCAGGGAAACACGGGGGCGGGGAUGCUGCUCCAGCGUGAAGAGUUUUCCAAAGAUGAAGGCUCUGAUUUGUCCAACUCUGGCACCCCAUUAGAACCCAUAAAGACUGAGGAGAUCUUUGUAGAGUAGUACCAAAACUGUGUUUCUGUCCUUUUUAACAUGUAUGUUUAUUUUCUAAAUUAUGGUUAAUACGUAAGCUGAAGUUAAUCAGGGUAUGUAUGUUGGAGAUUCUCGAUCUACUUAAAAAUGUUUUUUUUCUGUUUUGGUUUUGAGUACAGUAUUUUGGAUUUUUUUGACCCUGUGUAUGACAUAAUAUUUGUAGUAAAUAGCCUAUAGCUCUCAGGAGUUCAAACAAACAUCGUUAGAAAAGCAAAUAAAAGUAAGAUUUGGCUAAAAGUUAAGUUAAAUACCAAUGAGGGAGAGGAAGGGACUAUUACCUUGUUUCAUAUCAUUAUUUUAUUACUGGUGUACAUCAGUAGUAGACUCUCACAUCUGUCUGUACCACAUUGUUUCUUCGUAAGAGCUACCAUUUUGGUUAGGCUGCAAUGCCAGACUUUCGGUAUAAAAGGAAGAGGAAGCUGAGACGGUUCCGGAGGAGACAGCAUGUUGUGAGAUGAGUUGGCCGCGCUAGGUUUGAGGAGGGGAAAGAAGUGGAAACUACUAACAGUUGCCCUUCAGCUGCACAGAAGAGUUGUUUCUACAUGGUCAUAAAUGAGGGGCUUAUUCUGCAGAUCAGGUAUAGAUUAUAUUUCCAGCUAAAAGCACACAGACCUGAGACAAUCUGUGCUCUUUUGUGAGUUGACACCCGAUGUGUAGGAAAGUACAUUUGUCUUCCAUUUAUGUUUUGCUUGGGGUGUUGGCUCAGCGGAAUGAAUAUCUUGAAAUGUAAUGUAAUGACCAUUCAUUUCACCCUUUUCUGCAGCCAUUUAGUUGUUUGUUCUGUGUUUUGUUGAGUUAAGUGUGGUUAUGAUUCCUGUCCGAUUGCAGCAUAUUAUAGCACAAUUGUUCGUCGUCGUAAGAGUUGGAAGAGACCAGAAAUUGGUCACAUCACAAGCAAGAAAGGUCAUUGUGUUUACAGUUGUGCCACCUUGAUUAUUUUAUUAAUCUCUCAUUUUUACUUAUGUUGUAUAACCUAUUGGUUACUGAUUGAAGAAGCAAUAUGUUUCACCCAGACACACAUACCUGUACCUUGAUGGGAGGCUGUCCUGUACAAUAUUGUACAUCUUGUCUGUUAUAAUUUGCUUCAGUCUACUCUUAAAAGCCCUUAAAUUUUGUUCGACAUGCUUUUUCUAAUUUUAUAUACAGUGCUAUAUUUACAAAGAAUACAUUAUAUUGCAAAGGUGUAUAUAUAUUAGUAGACAAAUAUCUUUAAAAACAGAAAUACAUUAACAUUAAAAGUCUAUGUAUUAGGGAUGGGCAUGAUAAAUUUAUCUUAAUUUCUUCAAGAUGUUAAGUUAAAUCUGAUCUUGAUCAUCAUUUUUUGAGUUUUUAAAGAUACGUUAUAAUUAAAAAGAAUAUUGAGGGUUUUAUGUCUCUUUUCCCAUUGUCAAAUAUGUAGUAAUUGCUAACCUCACUCAUUUUGUGCGAGGGGAAACAUUUUCUCUGUAUUGUAGAUUGAUAAUAUUGUAGAGACUGAUAAUAUCGUAGACCAUCGGGCAUUUACAUGUGUUCUUUAACUUUGUCCAAAUCAGAAACAAAAAGUAGUUGUGGCAACAUUUAUCAUUUAUUACAAAAAAAAAACCUUGUGGGAGAUGAAAUAUGCAGAUGAACGAUGAAAUGUAUGGGAUGUAGAGGUUUAAAGCAGUAGAAUUCCGCUGUUUCACUUGUCAGUGUGGGGGUAAUGUAACCUCAGGCAGGGAUGACAGCUUUAAUAAGAAGAUAUUUGCAAGAAAUAUAAUAACAAGGUGAUAUCUCUCUAUAUACCAGGCUGUCUGGACUCGUGUGUUAUGGGAAUAUUAAAGGUGCUAUUUAUUAUAACUAACAGCAACAUCAAUUCUUUGGGAUAACGCAAACACUUUCCGUCUACUACUGAUGACUGGAAAUUGUGAAAAGUAUUUACAUGUCCAAUAAAUGUGAAGUGAGAAGGCAGUUAUAUAAUUUGUCAUGUUAAAACUUGUCAAGUGUGAUAUGAUUAUAUGAUUUUAACAAUACCUGUUGCAAACCUGCAAUUUAACUGCGACGUGCCAGGAUAACAUGAAAUAUAGAAAUUUGGUUUUUAUUUUUUGUUUUUUCUUAUUCCUCCAUCCUAUCUUUCACAAUUCCCUGGAGAUAGUCUUGUAAAACUGUCUCAACCUUAAUAUUGUUCUUUCCAGUAGGAACUUAAAACUAUAAAGCAUCAUUAUUUAGUUACCUUUUUUUUUGCUGCUAAAACUACAAAUUGUUUGGGAUCUUCCCAAUUUAUCUAAUCUAGUACAUUUUCUCUGUAUUGUAGAUUGAUAAUAUCGUAGACCAUCGGACAUUUACAUGUGUUCUUUAACUUUGUCCAAAUCAGAAAAAAAGUUACAAAAACAUGUCUUCCAACUUUCUGUGAGGCAUCUGAGUCUAAUAAUUUUAGUAUCCUGUUAUCCUACAAACUGAAACAGCAGUGAUCACCGUAGAUACCAGUUUAACAAUUCACAAGAUUUAAUUAUAUCAUUUUUAAUAUAACUUCAAAGAUGAGUGAUUAACUAAGCCACAAAAAAGCUCAUUGUGUAUUGUAAAAAAUAUAUAUUUUAAAUGUAGUCUUUGUUGGAUUUAUUGACCUGUUUCCACCUUUAAAUUGUUUUAAGCAUUUUGUGGAAAAAGUGCCCAUCCCUAGUAUGUUUGAUAUGCAUUGUCUUUUUUCCUGUUUUUAUUUUGAGCCAUUUUCACAUAUUCUUCAUCGCCUAGUACAGUUUUGUGACAUGGAGGAUGAGGCCCAGUUUAAAUUAGUUGUAGGUGGGAUUUUUUUUGUACUUUAAAUCCUACCACGAUAAGUACCAGAAAGCAGUUGCUGCUCUGAUGCAAUGAGCCCAGUGUUUGGUUAGAUGGAGCUGUUUUUCUUUAUUGUCUAUUCAGGUCUGACAUGAAGGGGAAAUCUUAUCAAAUUUGAAUGGUGAUAUCUUUUACUGAUGUGGUUGUGUGGUUGCCAAAUAUGAAACCAUCAUUGCUAUCUUUUGAAUAUAACCAAUAUUCCGUCACAUUUUAGUUCACAUGAAAACACAAAUAUCUGUGAAUUUAAUCUUACAAGUGUUUAGUGUUGACUAACGGAAGGAUUCGUGUUUGUGUCUUGUCUCGAUGUGGGUUUAUCGAGGCAGUUGAAAUGCUGUACUACUGACAUUCAUUUCUCAGAGCUCAAUUGAUACACAGAAACGUGCUUUAUGAAAAGUUUAAAUCCUUCUUCGGUUCAAGUUAUAGGUAUUGUUCUUCUGUAGAAGCAGUCUUGUUACUCAAGACACAUUUUGGAUGUGUGUGUUUAAACAUCUCAGUAUCUCAGGAAGAUGAGAAGUUUGACAUUGUCUUUUUUGUCCACUGUUGUUAAUCCAGACAAUAAUUUCAGGACUAGUGAGGAACCCAACUCAUGAUACUUGAGUGCACACAAAAAUACCCUGCUCUCCAGUGCCCAUCUGACAUCUACUGUGAUCAGUCUGUGUUCUCAGGAAUGUGAGUAAUUUUCUGUAUAAACACAGUUUUGUUUUGUUUUUUUUGUUUUUUGCUUCGUUUUUUUGUUUGUUUUUUCA